AUGAUAAAUCUGUGCACCUCUGGCGACCUUGUUGGAGUGUAUAACGCCGGUAUCCCUCCAACAGAUCUCCAUACCUUCACACUUACCUUGGUGCCGAUUACAGUCAAUAAAAAUCGGAACCAGUCAAUUAUGGACCACCUAAAGGCUCCUGGAAGCCUUUACAGCUGUGUUUGGAAAGAUGAAGAAAAGUCCACAAGAUCUAUGACACUCACUACCGGCUGUCAAUGUUCACCGUCUCUACCAACGAGCGAGCGAGACUGGGUCGCUUCCCUAGAAACCGGCAGGUCUGGAGAUGCUAAACCCGUCUUUUGCGAAUUUAGCAAUUAUUCAUUUGAAAUUCCAGAAAUGAGAAAGCAAUUUAGUUUUCCUCCCCGCACCACUCACAGAUGCCUGAGGAAAUUUUAUAAUCCCCCAGUCUCUAACAUGCUCCUAUCCAGUGGCUUAAACCAACCCAGCCCACACGUCCAGUCCAGAAGAGCAUAUGCGUGA